AUGGAGUCUAACCUCGACAUAAACCUCGACAACAUUUUUUUUAAGACUUACGCGGUAGACCACGCUUACCAAUGCCCCAUAUACGUGUUUGAUUCGACGUACUUGCCGUCUACAGAACAAAUUGAUGAUCGAGAGAUCUACGACCUGCUCAUUGACGAAACGAUGAACAAAUUGGCUACUCAGCUACCUGAGACACCUUUUUCGCUGGUGGUUUUCAGCUCAGGCUUCUCCCAGAAAAAAAUCAGUUGGAUCUACGGUGUCAAAAUGUACUCCAAGAUAUCAAAGAACACGCGUGCCAAAUUGCGGCAACUAUGGGUUGUACACGAGUCUCUUUUCGUGUACGCAGUCCAUCAAGUACUGACCAACGCGUUAAACAUCAAUCCGUUCAAAUUGAAGCAGUCUUCCACAGACAACGUUAUGAUCCAUCAUGUACCUAAUCUUGCAGGGCUCAAGGAUUUGGUCGAUAUUUCCAGGCUUCGAAUAUCCCUUGGGGUUUACUUGUACGACUUCCAACUUACAGAAACUACAAACAUACCACACACCAAGCAGGGUUCAAAUACGGCUAUGGCAAAUCGUCAGUAUCGACAACUGAUUUUUGAUAAAAUUUUCAAAAGACUAAGGAUAGAGGCACCAAGGUAUCAGCUCGUUUUCCAACGGCCUGGGUCUUAUCAGAAAGUGAACAUUCUUCUUGGUGUUAUUGCUCGAAAUAAUUACGUUGAUCUCUCACAUUGGGACGUGUACUCUUUGGGAACAGUGUUUCUGAAUUUUAUCAAAGGGAAGAGUAAGCCAAUUUUCCCCAUCGACCUGAUACCCCUUCCGAUCGAUGAUUCGGUGGAAUACACCUACAAUACUUUUGUCAGCAUGAUGAUGUACAAUGAAUACUAUGAACUGACCUCCUACGUUUUUGAAUUGUUUCUCACACUGCUGGAUAAUUCAGCAACAACCCUUCAUGACUACAAGUCGCUGAGUAAGUGUCUAACCCCGACACUGUGCCAGGAGAAAGUGUCUAUUAAGUCGUCAGACAGACUAGCUAUCGGAUACCGAUACACCAAUAACAUUUUGCUACACUUCAGAGAGCUUAAAAAACGUAUAGAAGAGUCUGGUGUCCUCAAACCAUCCGCGACUGACAAAUCCAACGCCAAUGUCGUCCCCAACCUCGCGGGAUAUCUUCCUAAAGUACCUCCUCCUCGUAAAGCGAGUCCGGUUCGAGAAAUCUCUUCCAGAAAUACGAGCCCCACACGAUUGGCCCAGUCUCAAGAUACUUAUCUUGAACGAACAAGAACGUUGUCACUCAAAGAAGCGCCUCCUUUGCCCAAACGAGCGGAACAGCGCUCUGUGCGUGAUGUGCAACCAGUCCCAGUCUUACAGCCUGAUCAGCCUGAUCUCUCCUCCUCAACCUCGUUAGAGUCUCUCCGCACCGAGUACUCGGCUUCGCCUGCCUCUGGAGCCAUUUCAAAAACCCAAUCCAAGGAUGUUGCAAACUGGACACCCAGGAACCACUCAAGCCCACGGAUCACAAGUGGUUCUUCUCUUCGGCUAGACGAUGCCGAAAACGACGUUGAUUCUGCACUAGUUUUUGACGAUGCUGUUAAGUCAAGACCGAAAGCCACGAACAAUACGUUCGAAAUAGAUCAAAGCAAGCUAAAUCUGCUACUUGAAAACAAUCAAAAGAUCAUACAUUUUGAUGCAGAUCUUAAAAAACGCAAGACGCACACUCAUCCAAAAUCAAACCAUGCCCUCAGUAAAAGUUAUUCUGAUAUCACCGCUGGCAACAAAGUUAGUCAACUCGCAGCUUUAUACGAAGAGAGAUUGAUUGGAAUAAAGGUCAUGGAAGAUCUGCGCAGAAAUCAAUGA